AUGGGCGACCAUUUUGUUCUGCUGGUGGACCAUCUGCUCACCGAGUCCACCUUGGGGGCCGCCAUCGCGAGCAGGAGCCAGUCUCCGGCAGGGCACACGGCGGCGGUCUGUGUGCAGUCUGAACCUCGCCGUCCUCCCCAGAAGAUGGCUGUCGAGGAUGACCGGAAGGCCCCGGAGCUCGUCGAGUGCCGAAUCUGCCAGGACGACGACCUGGAAUCCAACAUGGAGACCCCCUGCUCCUGCCGCGGGAGCUUGAAGGUGAGAGGAGACUCGACCUUGAUCUUCCUCAUCUCAGGAAGCUUAACCUUCCUCUGUUUGAAUUCCGCGAACUGUUCUUCCCGCCUCCUAGAACUCUUAUGAGCUUCAUCGAGGAAUUAAACGAUGAAACAGUAAAAAAAAAGAAAAAGAGGAAGGGAUUACUCGGUUGCUCUAUGCUCGGUUUCAUGAUUUUCAUGGACUUUUUGACGCUUGUCUCGCAGGAUGCUGAUCUCAUAACUUUUGUGGAAUAUUGACAUUGUUACAGUACGCUCAUCGGAAAUGUGUUCAGCUGUGGUGCAAUGAGAAGGGCGACACGGUGUGUGAGAUCUGUCUGCAGGUGGAGGCUCAACUCUGUUUAUGCCCUAAUCUCUGAUCCGCGGCCCCAUAUUCUGCUUAACUGAUCCACUGCGGUGGAGCUCAUUAGAUUAUCUCCCCUCUUCUGCUCGUAUCCUCCAGAGAUUCAAGCCAGGGUACACCGCUCCUCAAUUGUUCCACUACGGUGGCUCGCCGAUGAACUUCAGGUACGAAUGACCUCCAAGAUGAUCCCCAUUUUCAUUUUCCGGCAGAGGAAGCCGGAAGAAUUUUCCAUUUCUUCUUAUCCCGUUUUGAGGAGGGAUCUUGCUCUGGAUGAAAAUUUUCUUGGAGAUCAUCCGGCAGGGGGAACUGGGAGAUCUCCAGGCGCGAUCUCCGGGAUCCUGGCUUGAUGACGAUGGUCACGACUGAGCGGGGCCUCCUCGCUGUGGCCUCCGGCGACUUCGCCGACGCGAACAGCAGAAGCGUGUUCUGCCGCUGCGUCGCCAUGAUCGUGAGUAAUUUUCUUUCUCUAGGGCGAAUUGAUUCAGCUUGAGCAGCCUCCGAUGUUCGUCAUCUGCCUGCGUCCAGUUCACGGUCCUUCUGGUGCUCCGGCACGCACUCCCUGUCAUGAUCGCUGGUGGGGACGAAGACCAUUACUCUGUCGCUGAAUCGACGGUAAGACUCUACGCUUCUCCCGCAGCGUGGUGGUUUCUUCUUGCAGCCGUGGCUGAAUCCCGCCGUCUCUCUGGUUCUCCUCGACAAACCAGUUGCUGCUAUUGAGGAUCGUCGGCGUUCUCUUUCCGAUCUUCGUGAUGGCUAGAACGCUGGCGAUGCUCUAUCGCCGGCACCGCCGUCAUCAGGUUCUCCUCUCUGUCACAUUUCAUCUGCACACUUCGAUCAAUACGCAUCUCCUCCGAUUCACGUCGAUCUUCGGCAGGGGGGCCAGGGCUUGUUCAUGCCGUCUGCUGGAGAAGGAGAGGAGGAGGAGCGGGCGACCCCGUGGAUGGAGCGAGAGUCGCGGACGAUUCAGAUGGCCGUGCCGGCGCCUCUGUGA